AUGACAUUCGAUCUUCCCAAUCCUACUCGUCAGGAUAGCUACCUUCCGCUGCCCUCCGAAUACGCUGCUGCGCUAGAAAAGGCGAAAGCGCAGUAUAAGGAGCAGAACGACCCUUCGAGGGAUGCCGAGUGGGAAGAUGUUGGUGAACGCGAGGAGGUCAAGCUCUACAAAAAGACCAACCCUGAAAACGCCUACGACGUCCCCAUCGUCAAAGGUGUCACCAUCGUCGAGAACGCCACUCCUGCGCAGGUACUGGCUGUAAUCCAGCAACCUGGUAUGCGUAAGAAGUGGGAUCCUCGUUUUGACAACGCCACGCAGCUCGAGCGAUAUGGUGCCCAGAAGUUCGCUUUCUACACCUGGAUGAAGUCUCCUUCGUACUUUGUUUGGGCACGCGACAUUGUGGGUGUACAGGAGAACAUUGUGAGCAGCAACGGUGAUCAUAUUCAGGUGAUUCAGACCAGUGCAGAGGCCGAUCAGUACGUUGACGAGGCGGGCUCCUACUCCAAGUCGCGCACAAGGGCUACGCUCGAAGUCUCGGCCUGGGACUUGACCAAGCAGGGCAACGAUACGAGGCUCGAGUACGUCGUCAAGAUUCAUCUCAACGGUUCCUUGCCCACCUCGGUUGUCUCGAUGGUCGCCACUGAAACGCCCAUGUGCGUGGGUCGCGUUCGCGACGUCUACUACGCCUUUGGCCAUCUUCCUUACGACGCCGCUUGGGAGGAGGGCACCACGUCGGCAACUAAUAGUGUCCUCGUUUACUCCGAGUAUGUGGAUGGUGAUGGUACAGAGGCGACCUCGGGCGAGAAGAGGUGGACCGUCUGGUACCACUCGAACGGUGAGGACACGCUCAAGUUUAAAUUUGACAACAACAGGCUCUACCCUAGCCUCAGCGUUGCUGUGGAAGGAGACGCGGCGUCUGAUGUCAAGGUUGAAGUUGACCAGGACGCCGGUCUCGUUACGGCCAAUGUGGGCGCAGAGGCAAAGGGCAAAGGCUUCUCGCUUGUCUUUUCGCCCUAG